UUGUUAUACCCAAGAGAAGACAAAGAAGCUCAUAAAUUAUUUUAUGCUUGCCGUAAUUGUAUUCACCAAGAAGAAACCGAUAACAAAUGUGUUUAUAGAAAUGAGCUUAUGAAUGCGUCUAGUGAAGUCACUACAAUUAUUCGAGACAUAGCUUGCGAUCCCACACUGCCACGCACGGAAAAAGAAUGUCCAGAAUGUGGUUAUAUAGAAGCAGUAUUUUUUGAACAACAAUCACGUCGUUCAGGUCGUUCAGAUACCAAAAUGGUAUUAUAUUAUGCCUGUGCUAAUGCUGAAUGUGGUUUUAGAUGGACUGACUAUAGUGAUAAUAAGCCAAAACAACCAGCACCACAAGAUGAGGAGAGCAUACCUGAAGGAUAUACCGAAGAUGAAAAUUAUAUGAAUGAUAUAUAUGGUACUCAAGGACUAGAUAACACAUUUCAAGGUAUCAAAAAUUUUUUCAACAUUCUCCUCACUAAAUAUAUAAAAUUAAAUUUUUUAUUAUAA